CUCUAGCCCUUCCUGUAAUGAACUGAUGCAGAUCACUUCCUCAUUCUUACUUGAGCACUGUUCACUGUCUGCCUUUAACCAUGCACCCCUUGCAUUUAGUGAGGCUGGCAGUGACGGAGUAAACCAGCGGUGCCUCUUCAUGCUGGAGGAGGCUGCUCUGACUGGAUUUGUCUUUCCUGUGACGCCUUAUAAGGGUCUCUACGGUCUCAGAGGUGAUAACACUGUGCAGGACCCUGUAGAUAGUAAGUACACUGCUGUUUAAUUCUUUGCACCAAAGUUUGAACUUGUUUUUUCUUCUUUGGCCUUUUUAAUUGUCGCUUCUUCUCUUUUUCAUCACUCUUGCAUUUUUUCAAUCACUUGCCUUGCUUUAUACUUUGAUAUCUGGUGACUGAAAUGUCUUGGCUGUAUUUGUCGGAGCUACAGUUGUACUGUGGUUCACACUGCUGCCUCACACAAAAGCUGUCAGUAUGUUUUUCUCAAAGCCGCAGCUCUCUUCACUGUUGUGUGUAAAGGCGUAUGCAAUAGGUGCUGAAAAACCUACUGACUAUUCUAACAAAAUAAACUGCUGCUCUGCAUCGAAGCACAAUCAAAUGUUUUGCAUCCUAAAACAACAUCAUUCACAUUGGAUUUUUUAUUAAACUAGAAGUUACUCUGACUGCAAAAUAUUCCUCUUUGAAAUUGUAGCAGCCAUGUAAAGCCAAAAGGUUAACUAAAGAGCAGUAAAAAGUCUUUGCAGUUGGUAACCAAACCUCUCCUCUUUGACAAACUCUGACAUAUACAGACACUGUUGGAAGAAUGUCAAAGGAAGUGCACUGCAACUGCAGAGUCACUUAUCUGUGAACACACUAACCACAAAGAGCAGAAAAUAACACUGAGUUCUACUGUAAGCACAAACAAGUAGCUCGGUCAUACAUUCAGUCUCAGCUUAAGUGUCUGCUCAUUAGCCUUACACAGUGUAUCCCCUAAACGCCCCGCAGCUGGCAAACACAAUGCAUUCCAAUGGCGGGCCAGAACUUGUUGUGCCGGUAAUUUUUUUUUCAGAAAUGCACUGAGACCCUGCAGGCCUUUUAAGGAAGGUCCAGGAGGACCGAUGACUGCAGUGACCACAGACUCAUUGUGUAAUAGAUUGGGUGCUACUUCCAUGAGGGCACUACAUUGUUUUAGUUUGAAGUAUCUUCACAUUUGCUUUACACUGCACUGACAUGAUCUACAAGUUUCCUCAAAGUUUCUCAUUUUAAUUAUUUGAACCUCUGAGAGAUAACUGUCCUUAAUUUUUGGCAUAUUCCACAAGUAAACCCUCCAAACUCUGAAACAGCUGCAACUUUAGAUUUUGAAAAUAGGAAAAUCUGAAACCCAAACAUGUUGAAAGUAGCGUUGGUACAUUGACCCUCUCGACCAGUGCACAGAGCCUCUUGACUUACACAACAGCAGCAGCUCAAGUUUGCAAAGUCAAACUGUGUGUAAAUUCUUCAGAAAAGAAACAGGAAAUCCCAAAACCAACAAAGUGUCUCAUGUAAAACUUCCAAGUUUAAAUUUUUAAAAACUCUUUUUAAGUAAUAUUUUUGAUUCUUCUAUAAAAAGUAGAUGACAUGAGAUUCCAGGAAAUUAGUCUCCUUUUGGGGAUAAAUAAAGUUCUUGUUUUGUUUUGUUUUGUAUCGUACAAUCGGUCUGGCAAUCAGCACCACAGAUAAGUCCCUGGGGAAGAAGUUGAAGUUGCACAACAACCAAAAUCUGUCUUGUUGUUUACAAACUGCCAGAAGAACUGUCACUUGUAUGGCCAUCAGUAACACCUGAGUGACUGAGAGUGAUUCAGGUGGUGUACAAGGAAUUUCACAAAAAAACUCUCAGGGUUGAACAUUACAUGCUUUGUGCAUGUGAACAUGUUUUUUCUCACCCUUCAAAAAUCUACAACAAACAUCUCAGAUUUUUUGCAAUUUAGUGCAAUCCAGAAUUACAACAAUAUUUCACCAUGUGUUUUUAAACAACACAAGGAGCUUUGAAAAAAAUGCCUUAAUGCAUGAUAUGCAGCAUUUGGGGUGACAUGCUCUAAUCACAUUUCGACAAUCUUGCACAACUUGAUCUGUUUUGUUUUUCUUUCACACUCAUCGAUAAGAAUUUCUGCGCUUUAUCUUGAAAAAAAGAGAGAAAAAGAGAUGUGUGUAUGUGUGUGUACAUGUGUGUGCAGUGAGGGGGCCUGAACUGCACUUUAAUCCACGUAACUUCACUGAUCCUCCAGCAGGUCUGUCAUUACAAACACAUGUUGCAUGGGCAAGUGCUGUGUAACGCCUCAGAUUCAUGUCAGUCAAGUGAGCAUCUUGGCAACUUGCUACAGCUGCAACACCCAACAUUUCUCUUCUUUUACUUUCCACCUGCACGGAACAAAUCUGUUAUUUUAACAACACUUGGCUGCAAUACUCUGUUUUUUUUCCCUCAAUCGUUUUUUUCUUGCAACCUCACCACCAGACAAACAUGACCUAAAUAAAAAGCUGAAAUGCAUUCAUCUAUUGAAGCAGAUCCCAGUGGUCUCUUUGAUUAGCAUAUAAUGAAAGCUGAGUAACCUCGACAUGCUACUAUUCUCAAGCCCUCUUAAAAUGUCACCAUACUGUGGCGUUUCAGAGCCAGAAAUUGUCCACCUUCACUUUGGUUGCUCAACUAGAUUCGACUCGAAAUAGACUCUGACUUAUUAAUCCACCAUUGAAAUGUUCACCACACUAUUGUUAAAUCCAGCUUUGUUUCUCUAAGGUCAACACAAGCCAAGAUGAGGAGACGGGACACACCUCUGUGUAAGCAGCAGUCUACACCCAACUUUGGGAAAGGUGAGCAAACAGCCCAGUUUCAUUUGGACAUGGUAUACACAGGAAAGACACACGUGUAACCUCAACACAGAUCUAAUUUUAACUUCAUAAACAUGAAAUUACUCCACAGUUUGAUUGACUUCUGUUGACAGUGUUUAUGGGUCUGACUGUCUAAUCGUACGAGCAUGUGUACUCUAUAAAAUAUGUUAAGCCUGCAUUUUUGGAACGUCAUGUUAAGGACAUAUGAUGAACUAUUAAAAUCCCAGAGUGUUUACGGUCAUAGCAGAAGCCCUACAGUGUAAAUCAAGACAGUAUGUUGUUGCAGUCUGAUGACAGCUGCAUCAGAGACUUAAAUGUCAGGCAAAGGUAGUAUCUGGUUUAGACUUGUACAUUAAAACAACAAACAUCUGCCCCACCUUUAACAUAAGAUCACAAGUUAUGACAGGAUGAAAAAAGACGGUUCACUGGCAUUAUUUCCUGGAAUUAAACUUCCAGGAAAUCAUCACUAAUGUGGAGAGGUGGCAAAAAUAACUCUGGGUCUAAAAGCUCUGAAAUGCAAAAACAUGCAUUUUCAAUCACUGAGAUGGACUGAUUGUUAAAAGCGAUUUCAGUAACUUUAAUUCUUCCUUUAAACAUAAAGUCUGUUGCUCAGCACAGCAGCAGUUUACUUUGUUGCUUGAAUUCCUUGAAUGAAGCUCUACUGUCUGCUACCCCCUUGGGAAAUGAUGAUAUUGCAUAAUUACAAGUGGUAGUUAGAUUGUUAACACUGUCUACUCUAGAAUAUUUCCACCCUGCUGACAGUUUAGCCUUAAUUUACUCAAUACUUAUGUAACAGAUUAUCCAGUGCUGGUUUUAUGUUUUUGCGUUUUGAAUCACAUGCAUUUGGAUAGUUACUGUUAGCUGCUAUAAAGUGUUUGUUGUUGCUGUAAACUGACUGGCUGUGAAUGCACGUGCUCGUGCAAUAAAUCCACAUUAAUGUCACGACUUUUACUUUCUUACCAUGCUUUCACAGUUAGGUAAACCCAGAUUGCUUGGUUACACUAAGGCACUUAUAAUUAUGCUUCAAAUUGUGCCCAGCGACUGCUGAUCUGUUAAAAAAAAUGCCCAGAUUUGCUCCAGUCCAAUAGUUGAGACCAGAAUCUGAACAUCUGAACAUCACGAUGUACUUCAUGACUCCUUGUUUUCCUGAAGACCCCUGGCAUUACAUGGAAGACAAGCUUCUCUUCAUGGUUUCAGCUACUGUAAAUACACUAAAAUUAGCAGCAUAAAUAUUUACAUGCCAGUCUAACUAAGAAAUGUUGGGAUCAUUUACUUUAAUGACAAAAUAGAUCUGCCCCAAUAAAAACUGUUUAGGUUCAGUUAAUAGCCUCUUUUCUUAAAAUUAGAGCUGAGUUUAUCUGCGUCAGCUGGGAAAAGUAAAGAUUGUUUUCUUAAGUUUUUUUUUCCCCAAGGUCUCAAUGCUAUCCCAGCCAUAGUUUCAUUCCAGCCUUACAGUCCUGUCUCACAGACAGCCACUCACAUGUUACAGCCAGUUGUGACAUACCAGCUUGGAUUAGCAGCCCCUGUUGCUAGGACGCCCUCAUAUCCCUAAAAUAGAUAUAGAGAGAGACACUCAAGACCAAACGGACGAGCAGCUGCAUCAUUCGUACAGGCACUGGAGCACAUAAAGAGCAGAGCUCAGCCUGAUUGGGGCAGUCAGAGUGAAAACCCUGAAGAGACAAGUCGUGAAUACAAGAAAGACGGUCUUGACAGUGUCAAGAGGUUUCAGCAACACUUACAAGUGUUCCCUGAGACACAACUGCAAGUGGCAAACAUAUGAAAAAAGGGGAGCCACAAGCAAAAAGCUAGAGAGUCUAGAAGAGACAGAAGUAUACACUGAAAGAGCCAGACAUGGCCAAAAACACAGCAGAAGGUAAGAUAUAAACAGAGCUUCCUGUACUUAUAAUGGAGCUGUGUAGUGACACUAAAGUGUGGUGUGAAAAUGAUUACCAGUUAUUGAGUGGUCUAAUCAGGUGUGCAGUCUGAGGAGUGUAUACACAAUACACUUGAUGGUUUUUUAGAUAGAGAUGCCAGCUUUUAGUAGAAAGUGAUUUCAGCAAUAAAAAAGGAAAAUAUACGUUUAAAGUUAGUAUCCAAAAUUACUGAAGCGCUUUAUUGGAUGCUGAGUUUUGUGAUGUGUUUGGCAAUAUGAAACGCCUAGUGUUGUGGACGAACUUUCAGCAUAUUGAUCAGAUUUUAGUUGCAUGCUGUGCAUUGAAAGACACUCCACACAUAACCAGACUGCUCUGUGUGGGUCACGUUUCUAUAGCUGAAGGGAUGUGGGUCAAGGUCAUGUUUGAGAGGCAUCUCAGCUGUUCCAGUGCAGGGAGAGAGUACACGUGGUGAAAAGGUUGUCAACAUGACAGGCUCCAGAAUGUGCAAGCCAAGAGACGGGCAGGACAUCAACAUGUCAAUGCGACAGUGAAUGUUGACGGUGCCAAGACUGCUCUAACUUUCAGAUGGCUAAAGUUGCAUAUAAACAACUUACGAAGGCAAGUCUGAAGCAGUGACAUUUGCUUUUUGAUGCAUUGGAAAUAUUUGGCCCCAUGAACAGCUUGUUGAUGGGAAUCCUUACACUGGGACUGAUGCUGGAAGUGACCCAGUAACCUCCGUUAGCAUUAAUAUUAUUAGCAACACUGUGACAUGGUGAUCAGAAUAGCCAAACAUCUACACCACUGAUGUGAUGUCGGACAGCAACAGUAUCUUUCACAGCGAGGGGAUUAACAAGCAGUGACAGCUAUCAAAAAACAGCCUCGCUGACCUGUGUCUAAUCUGAUCACAAGUUCACAGAAUCCUGAGUCCAGUAAUUGGAACAAGAUUGUUUUAUGAGCACGGAUCAGGUGAAAGAUGAUAUCUAUUUUUUAAGCAAGGUCUAGGAAACCAAACUGAUGAUGCUGACGACUGCCCACUGAUCGACAUGUAAAAAUAAAGGUUAUCUAAAUGUAACUGCGUAAACAGCGGAUUUGUAAAGAGCAGUUUAGAGUCAUAUAUGGUUAGGGUUAACCCUCUAUAAUUAUCACUUUAAUGUGAAAAAUUACUUGCAUGUCAAAAAGUCCUUCAAUCAUGAAAUCAGGUGAGGCUGUUUAGUUUAUUAUUAUUUUUUUACCUAAAAUUGUUUCACUGUGUUUAACAGAUAAAAACGCUGACAUGCAUCAGCAGGCGAUGAGCAGAACUUGGUAACAAGAUCUCAUCGUGUUUUCUGUCUUACUGUGUUGCACAGUUUUCUCAGUUCAGUUUGUGAUUCCAGGAAGGGUGACCCUUGGUCCCCACGGGUCUAACAGUUCACACCGCCAGUCUGGGACAGCAGGGACUGUGAUUAACUGUGUUUACUGUAACGUGCCUCAGUCGUGCACGUAGCCAGUACUGAAACAUAAGUCAGCCACUGCAGACAUGUUUACUGGCGAGAGUUACGGUGAGGUGUUGAUAAAUUUUUGUUUACCCCUGCCACCCCCUUUAAAGUUUAUUUUUGGAGGUCUCAUGUUUAUUCUGCUGGUGGUUGUACUUAGUGCCACUGCUAAUAUAAUGACAUUUCUUUUUUAAGUGUUGACAUAUUUACUCCAACUUCUAAGAUGAAGCAUAGCAGGGCAGGAAGUUUUUAAAAUACCAAACCUGUCACUUCAUCAGAGCUCUGGUACGUUGAGGUUAAGUAUCUUGGAUAACCACUGGAAGUGACUGAUACACAUGCCCUGAGUCACUCAUUUUCUCAUGAUCACAGUUACUCUACAGUUUUAAAACUAGGUAAGCAUGUCAUAUAUGUGUCAUAGCCUUUGCUUUGUGACCUGCACCAGCAUAAGCAUGGUAGCAGACUUUCUCCUUCUCAAUAAAUUCCACAUUACUUCAACUCAGACCUUUCUCAACUCCCUCAGAAAUGCCACGGCUUUUCCCAAGAAUGUCGAUGAAUGAUGUCGACGAGAAGGUUCGUCUGAUGGCAGAGAAAGUGUACGCCUCUGCCCUGAAAGAGGAAGACAACAAGGAUGCUAUGGCACUGUUCUGCGUACCCGAGGACUGCCCCAUCGGACUACAUGAGGACCGAGAGAGGGCUCUGAAGAAGGAGCUGGCAGAGCAACAGUCUCAGGAGUCUGCCAAGAAGUAGGAUAUGGAUUUAUGCUGAGUCAAACAUACAUGUGUCUCUCUCUCUGCAUGACGAGGGGCUAAGGUUGAGAUGAAGUUGUGGUUUGUCAGGAGAGUAAUGCUCAUUCUUCUUCUUGGGUCACCAGGAAGAAGAGUUUCAUGUUGAAGCGUUCGCAGUCAAUAACUUUGCAGAUACCUGGCCAAGGAGACUGGCCCCCGUCUGUGAUGAGUCCAGAUGGAACUCAAACUUCAGUAGACAGUUUUCUACCACAGGGAUUUCCAGAAUUCCAGAGAGUUACCAUCAGCGGAGAUUACUGCGCAGGGGUAAACAGCAUGAGAACUUCCGUAUCUUCAUGUACAACCACAAAAUAUGAACAGACAACUAAAAAAAUCACACAUCCCUGCCUUUAACAAACAUUUACAUCCUUUAUAAAAAUACUAAAAGGCAAGAAUAAGAUUUACUGUCAGCUAAGUUAGGUUGCGAUGGAUGAUUUUACAAUAGCAGGAUAGUUUUGGUUCUUUCUGUCAUUGUUAAAACAGAGAACUGUUCAUUCUUUGCCAUUGUAUGAGCACCUAAAUUGAAUAAAGUUGCUUUUUUCCAUUCCCUCUCUAGAUUACAGUUGAGGAUUAUGAACAGGCAGCCCAAAGUCUCCUCGGGGCGCUGUUCAUCAGAGAAAAGUAUUCUAGGUUGGCCUACCACCGCUUCUACAGGACCACUGCCCAGUUUCUCCGCACUGCCAAAAAUGAGACGUGGACUGAGGAAGAUGAGAUCUUGCCAGGCAAGAGCACUGUCAUAUCUUCCACUUCAGACAAAUACUUGUGCUGCUUUACAUGUCUUGUGCUUGGUUGCCCAAAAAGUUGCACAGUAAGUGAAAGCAACUUAAAAAAAAUACUUAAAACUGCAUAGCCUCCACAGCUGGGCAGGAAGGGGUCGAAGUGUCCUGAGAAAACUCAGUACCCAUUCCAUUCAAAUCCCUUCAGAGAAUCGAGAUUAAAUCUGUGUGUGACCUAAACUACGAUACCCUGUUUUGUUACCACAUACCACAAUGCACUUCUGGUUUGCGAUGUAAUUAGAGAUACAUUUGCAAAAGCAACAAAAGAAGAGACAUGAAAACCAGUCACCGUUUCUUGACUGUGGGAAAUGUUUCACUCAACUGUUUGUUCAUGAUGUUCUUUCACCCACAGACAUCUUGCCAUCCCCUCAUGAAGGGGAGGACCCUUACUCGAUGGAGGGUAUUCCUGAGAACCUGAACUAUGAGCUGCAAAUGAAGGAUGGCAUAGUUCAUGUUUACGAUGAUGCUGAAGCUCUGAAACAGCAGCAGCCGCACAGCCUCCCUUACCCUGACCUUGAGACCUUUGCCAUCGACUUGAGCCAUGUCCUCGCAAUGAUAGCCGACGGCCCAACGUGAGUGCACAAACAUUUUGAAAACUCUUGACUACUCAAGGGUUCCAUGGGAAUUUUCCACAGUCUGUUAAUCGUUACUGAAAGAUUAAAAUGAGGGACAAAAAAGCCCUAUUUUUAAACUGUUCUUUCAUAAACUGAUGUUGUUUCUCCUCCUAGUAAAACUUACUGUCACAGACGGCUGAACUUCUUGGCCUCUAAAUUCUACCUUCAUGAAAUGCUGAAUGAAAUGGCAGAGCUAAAGGAGCUGAAAUGCGUUGCGCACAGAGAUUUCUACAAUGUCAGAAAGGUUGGCUGUUAUUUUUCCAUCUUGUUCAGUAUGCAAACAAUUCUAAUUUUAGGAAAAAUAUUACAUAAUACAUCUGUUUCAGUCAGCGCCCUUCUGCUGAAGUGAGACUUUUUUGGGGGUUUCAUGCCCUCAGUCUAAACAUACUUGGGUUUUAUGAAUGUUGUGUAACUUGUUCCAUAAAUUCACUGGUUGUUUUUUUCUGUCAAACACAGGUGGAUACGCACAUACACGCUGCAGCUUGUAUGAACCAGAAGCAUCUGCUGAAAUUCAUAAAAACCUCUUACCAGACGGAGGCAGAUCGCGUGGUCUUGGAGAGGGCCGGUCAGAAGCUCACACUCAAGGAAGUCUUCGACAACCUGCACAUGGACCCCUAUGACCUCACUGUGGACUCUCUGGACGUGCACGCUGUAAGAACAAAUUCUUGAAUAAAUCAGGUCCAUCAUCUUUUCUGCCAGAGCGUUAAUAUUUACGUCAGGUUUACAUUGUUUUGUUUAUCCAAGAAGACAAUGUCCCAGAUGCAAAUACAGCCGAUUAUCACCCCUGCCAAGAAUUAAUUUCUGGAUUUUUCAAAUAGCCACGGCUCACUUCACUAACCUGUUCUUAUUGACACAAGGAUGCAAUUAUGGGUGUUCAUGCAUUUCAUAUGGUGUUAUGCAAUCAUUCUCUAUGUUUCAUGCAAGGUCCUCUUAUCGUGUAAUCUGAAAAUAAUCAAUAUAGUCACUUUGCUGGAAUGGGAGCUUGCUCAUCAGUACAUCAGAUUCACUCCCUCUCACGAAUUCUUCUUUCAGGGGAGACAAACAUUUCAUCGAUUUGACAAGUUUAACUCAAAAUACAACCCUGUGGGAGCCAGUGAGCUGCGAGAGAUUUACUUGAAAACUGACAACUACAUCAAAGGGGAAUACUUUGCACGUCUCAUCAAGGUGGAGUAUAAACUGAAGCACUAAUACCAGUGAAAAACCCUGUUUAAUGCUGUUUCCUGUCAUGCACUCUGAUCAGACUCUUGCUCAGAUUAAAGAUUAAAUUAUGAGACUUGAUAUCUAAGUACUUGUUGCCAUCUCUAUACUGCACUUAAAGCAGCUGCAUUAAAAUAAAACUCAAGAAAUAGUGUCAAACUUUUGUGGAUAAUCAGAACAGAGACAUUGUGCUUUUGUUUAAUAAAAAUUUCUGCAUUCAAAACAUGUAAAGACAGUCCAGGCUAUACCAAUUAAAGCCUCUGAAAACUGACAUUUCAAUCAAAUUUAAUAACAAGAGAAACAAUCGUUUGUCUCAGGAUAAGAACUUCUGAAUUAAAAUCAAUAGAUUAACCACAAAAAUCAAACUGGUUUGUUCUCCACAUAACUGAACUGCUUGUGCUUGAUAUUUCAAGCCAAUUCCUGUCUCCCUCAGAGAAGAAUGUCUCUGAAGAAUACUUCUAUCUUAUAAUGUAACAGCUAUUACAGAGAUUGUGGUGCCUUGCACCCACUGGUGGUGGACUACUGAGCCGUCAAGCACAUGAAAGUUUAUUCAUGUCCACAUCAUAUCUUUGGAAACACUUUCAACUCUGUUCUAUGUAUUUCUUUAAAACAAUGUCACAGAUGUGGCAGAAUUAGCGCUUAUCUAUCCAGUGAGCAAUUACCAACGGUCAUUUCUGCUUUAUUGAGAAACAUGACUAACUUCCUGUGGCUUUCACGUCUGUUUCAGGAAGUGGCCAAAGAGCUGGAGGAGAGUAAGUACCAGCACGCUGAGCCCCGUCUGUCCAUUUACGGCCGCUCUGCCAGUGAGUGGGACAGCCUGGCAACUUGGUUCAUCCAGCAAAAGGUCCACUCAACAAACAUGAGAUGGAUGAUCCAAGUUCCAAGGAUCUAGUAAGUGCUCAGUGACAGCAAACCAAAACUAUGUGACAGCAGAGAGACAAAUACAGAUCUCUUGACACAAAACAGGCUUGAAACUAUCAAAGUGUGCUGGGGCUCUUCAGAGAAGCAGGCAACACGGCAUCCACUGUCACAGCCACCAUAGACAUUUCCUUGUUCUCACUGGUUUACUAUUAACGUUCACUUUUGGGGCUGGUAAUAAACUGACAGCCAAUCUUCCUUCAUUUCCUCCUUUUGAACAAUGAGUAGUAAAAUCUAGGAACCUUGUUUGGGUUAAACAUGUCAUAAAAAAAUACCAUAAAGAGCUAUUUCAGAUUAGUCCAAGCUUGGUCUUUAAACUUGUAAGCUGACCUAACUGUGUUGGAGGUUAAAUUAAUUCCUUUUGUCUUCACAGUGACAUUUUCAGGUCAAAGAAGCUGGUGCCAAACUAUGCCAAGAUGCUGGAGAACAUUUUCCUCCCUCUGUUUGAGGCUACAGUCAACCCUCAAAAGCACAAAACAUUACAUGUUUUCCUGAAAUAUGUGAGUAAGGGGGAUCGGUAACUAACAGAAAAAAGUUAUGUGAUACAUGUUGACAGUUCUGUGGAAACAGGAGGAACAGCCAAACAUGCAUGACCGUGUCAUAUUUGCUUUGCAAAUCCACAGCAAUAUUGUCUUUAUCUGGCAGGUAACAGGAUUUGACAGCGUGGAUGACGAGUCCAAGCACAGUGACCACAUGUUCUCUUACAAAAGCCCGAAACCAGAGAGCUGGACAACAGAUGACAAUCCUCCAUACACAUACUACCUGUUCUACAUGUACGCCAACAUUAUGGUGCUCAACAACCUACGCAAGUAAGUUCAGACAAGAACUAAGGGUCUUAACUGUUUUUUGUCAUUUAACACCUAUGCAGUUAAAAUGUGGUGUUAUGGGACCUGCCGGAUAAAAAAAAAGAAAUCAUGAUUGUUAAGUGUUUGGACGCAAGUUUUAUUUCAGGAUUCUGAUAUUUUAGGCACAUACAGGUGGAGACUGAUUGAUGAGGUGUUUCAGACCUACUGCAGGAAUGACUGAUGCAUAAAAACAGCAGUGCAGAAAAAGCGUAGAGGUGAAUAACACUGAUGCACCUUAAAUCUCAUAUGCACUUGGAGGUAAAAAAAAAAAAGGUAAUACAGAACAGCAAGCACUAAUUAAGAUGCAAUUCUUGCACUCUUAAGGUGCUUUCAGGCUACUGGAAAUUUCCCCAGGAAAUAAGGACUUUUAGAGGAACUCUGGGAUAAAAGACUACUAUUAUCUGAUCAGUAACACUGAUGUGUAUACGUGAGUUUUGACUCCGUUCAUGUUCACUUUUUCACUUACAGGGAUGCUCUCAGGUAGUAUAACAGUUUUAGGGUAGUCUUGUCAGGAAACAAUCUUGUUUACAAUAUACAAUUUACACCCAGACACCAGGUGAGCAGCAAAUAUAUGUAAUCUGAUGUGGUUUAAUAAUCACAUAGAGCUUACCUGCUGCGAGUGUGGUUUCUGAAAGCUUCCUGUAAAAAAAAACAAAAAAACAACUAUAUCAGCAGAGACUUUAUUUAAGACCUGUGCAGAUAAAUCCAUUUCCAAUACAACCCCUGGAUGGCCUGAUGUGCAUUAUUUACCCAGGACUUCCGUCCCAAAAUGAUUGUCGCUACAUGUCACUGACUAAGUUGAAACUUUUUUAAAACUUAAGGAGCUUAAAAGGAUUUUACUCUAAGAAAAUGUUUAAAAUUUUCCUACAUGCAGCUAAUAGAAAGUAUUUGCAUUCAUCUGUCCCCAGGGAGCGAGGUCUAAACACAUUCCAAUUUCGCCCACAUUGCGGCGAGGCCGGCUCCAUCACUCAUCUGGUUUCUGCCUUCCUAACGGCUGACAACAUCUCCCAUGGACUCAACCUCAAGAAGGUGCAGUCCUGCAUUCACGCUGAGGAUUAACACUCAAGCUCUUUUAAGUAUCAUAGAGUGGAAACAGAUGAUGCUUUGCACUUACAUCAUAUGACAACUACCAAUUUACCACCAACAACAAAGAUGGUUACCAUGUGCAAAUUUGUACCAAACUCUCAGGCGAACAUUGCCUUGCAUUGCCAGAACAACCACUCUACAGCUUCUUAUUCAGUUUAACCACUUACAAUAAGUGUCUUCACCUCCUCUCCAGAGUCCAGUGCUGCAGUACCUGUACUACCUGGCCCAGGUCCCAAUCGCCAUGUCCCCACUCAGCAACAACAGCCUGUUCCUACAGUACUCCAAGAAUCCUCUCCGAGAGUUCCUACAGAAGGGCCUGUGUGUGUCCCUGUCCACUGAUGACCCCAUGCAGUUCCACUACACAAAGGUGCGAAAAAAAGGGACAAGACAGGGUUGUGUAAAGAUUAAUUUUCCUUUCCUGCAGUAGGAAAGGAAAAUUUGUUUCAAUUAGAAAAGUAGUUUCAAUGUCUCUAAAAGCCAGACAGAACAUACUGGAUCCCCAGGCACUCUUCAAAUGUCUGUUAAUACACAGUGAACAAACUUAAGCAGCAUCUGAAAGGCUGUAACCUGAGGUGUAAAAGAAGAAAGAAUUUACAAGUAAUUUCACCUCAAAUAGUGCUCUUAAACUUAAUCCGGGCAACAUUUACCUUUUCAGGAAGCCUUGAUGGAGGAGUAUGCCAUUGCGGCCCAGCUUUGGAAGCUGAGCACCUGCGAUCUGUGCGAGAUAGCCAGGAACAGUGUGCUGCAGAGUGGGCUCUCACAUCAGGUAAACUCCAACUCUUUUGGUUUAUCAGUUUAAUAGAUGAGAGCAAACCAUCUUGGUACUGAACUCAAAGCCUCAUCCCCUCUGUCCAAGUUAGUCUAUCUAAAAUGACCAGUGGUAAAUGGAAAUUUCAGCUUCAUAUCAAAGCACUUUGUCCUUAUUACAAUCCCAGAUUCUUCUAUCAAAAUGGGUCCCUAAAAGCCCACCACCAUGCCUAUGAUGUUUUUUAUUUAGUUCACUACAAUGAAUUUAACAGUAAGCUUUACAAAGUUAAAUCACACAAAGUGAAAAUCACCAAAGUGUUGUUUUAAAAAGAUACGAGUCACAAUGUUUUGUUACAAAGUUGUUAGACCACUUAUGUGCAAAGACAGCCACCAGUGUUACUAGUGAAACUACACAAACUGACUAAGUAGCAUAUUUAGGUCACCAAACCUGCUCCCUCACCUGGAUACAUAGAGCAUGCUAUUUGCCUAUUUUAACAACUAUUCAAAAGCUGCAGUCCAUCAUUUUUGUUCCUUUUCCCCACAGGAGAAGAAACACUUCAUUGGCUCCAACUACCUACAGGGUGGACCAGAGGGCAACGAGAUCAGGAGGACAAAUGUGGCACAAAUCCGCAUGGCCUACCGCCAUGAGACACUGUGCAAUGAGCUCAGUUUUCUUGUGGAUGCAGUGAAAGCAGAUAGUGGCUCUGGUUCACCAGAGUAACAGACCACUGCAGCUCAAAAUGUAUCUGACUUAGUCUUUACUGAUGAAGGAGCAAAUGUGUGAUGGAACAAACGUUAAAAUAGGAUUUUUACCACUUAUUUUAAACCUUAUUGCAGAAAUCUCCCAUAGCCUACUCAAUGUAGCAGGAUUUAAACUUGAUAUUUUAACUUCAUACAACUUAAAGUCACCAUGUGGUCAUUUCAAUAAGCUUGUUUUUAUUUUUCUUUGUUUGUUUUUGACCUUUAUAAAAUUAGAAUAGGUACUGCUUGUAUCUUUUUCCAGUCACUUGCUCUUAUGCACGUCACAGUGUAAUAGAAGUUAAAAUUACCAAAAAGAAAAGUUUAUGGCCACUGAUAGGUUUGCUUUUUCACCCUUAACUCUGUCAACUGCAUGAGUUAGUGAAUUAUGUUGUGCAAAGCACCACAGAGACCAGUGUAGGCAGGAAUGUUUUAAGUACUUCAGUAUGUUUGUGGGUUCAUAAAGUUGGUGCCACGACAUUAUCAUUCAUAGAUUUUUCCUAUUUUGUAUUUUUAUUUUGUGUAAGUUUUUCAUUACUAAAUAAAGGCGACACAGAUGUCACAGAAACUGGUGCAAAAGUUUAUUUUUGACCUGUUUGUGCAUGAGUCACUUUCUUGUCAAACUUAACAGUUAAGCUGUCCCUGUCUGUAUCAAAGGUAACCAGCAGGUGUCAACAACAUGCACAAUAAUGGGAAUAUGUUGGUCACAGGGAAAACACAAAACUAUGACAGUAAGUUAACACCGUUAAAUUCUGUGUUCAAUUUUCCUUGACUUCCUGUGAAAUUGAUAAAUCCUUUCUGACUAUAGCUUAUUACCUUACCACAGGUGGCGGCCCACUUCUCUUCAGCUCUUGAAUGGUUUGACAGCUAAUUCUAGCAUUAGCACAGCACACUUGUAGCCUUGGCAGAAAUGUUGACAUUUCAUUUGACCUCUGAAAUAAGGAAAAAAUAUCGCUUUUAACAGACAAAACUUACCAACAAAUUAACGCUGGUGUGUUACUGAAAUUCUCCCGAGGACGGCGUCAACGGCAACAGUUUACAGUUAGGAGGCAGUUCCAACGGUUUAUUAGCCGUUAGCGAUUAGCUUAGCCCAAACCUGAA